GAAACUCAGUCAGUCAGUCAGUCUGGAGAAAGCAUCUCAAGCAAGAUGUUGAAAUUGCGCUUGGCCUCGGUCUUUGACAAUCCCAAUUGUCUGCUGGGUCGCAGGAAUCGUCACCAGUUCCUGGUUACCCUGUUGGUGAACAUAGCAACUUUCUCGCAUGGCCUCGGUGUGGGUUGGAUGUCGCCGGUGAUGAGGGAUCUCCAGACCGAUCAGUCGCCCCUCGCUUUCCCCGUGCUGGUGGAGCAGGUCUCCUGGAUAGGAUCUCUGGUGGGCAUCGGCAGUGUGGUGGGCAAUCUGCUGGCCGGAUUCCUGCAGGAUCGCAUUGGACGCAAGCUGAUCUUGUUCUUCAUUGCCAUGCCCUACACGAUCUUUUGGUGCCUGAUUUAUUUCGUCCAGAGUGUGGAGUUCCUUUACAUUGGCCGACUGAUGGCCGGGAUGACUGGUGGCGCCUGUUACGUCGUCUUGCCGACCUUCAUCAGCGAGAUUGCCGACACCAACGUGCGCGGUCGUCUGGGCUCCAUAAUCUUGCUAUCGGUGAACACGGGAGUUCUGGCGGGCUACAUUGUUUCAACAAGUGCGGACUACUAUGCAUCGCCACCGUUCAUUAUCGCCCUGCCAGUUUGUUAUUUCAUCUGUAACUUCCUGUUUCCCGAGACCCCACAUCACCUCAUUCGCAAGGGCAACUUCGAUGCGGCCAAGCGAUCGUUUAUGUUCUACAAAAACAUCAGGAGAGAUGAUCUUAAGGCUGAGAGUGAAUUCGAGGAACUCAAAUAUCUGCUCACCAAAGAACAGGCAGAGAAGGCCAAGUCCUAUGAUUACAGGGAUUUCAUUACCAAACCUGCAUUUAAGGCCUAUGCUACUGCUGGUGCCAUGCUGAUUGCCAACCAGUUUAGUGCCAGUUUUUGUAUCGUCACCUAUUUGUCGGACGUCUUUGCAGCCUCCUAUACCACACUGAACUUGAGUAUGUGCACCAUUGUCAUUGGAGUGCUUCAGAUCGUGGGCAACUAUGUAACCACUCUGCUGUGUGAUAAAUAUGGACGCAGAAUUCUCGUGUUGACCUCUACUUCCGGGGCCUCGAUUUGCCUAACUGCCUUCGCCAGCUUCACCUUCUUUGCUAAGAGCUAUGAUCUAUCCGUGGUUGGGUGGCUACCUCUGGUGAUCUUGUCCUUUUUCGUAUUCCUUUGCAACAUUGGCAUGGUGGGCUGUCUCUUCGUGGUUCUCGUGGAAAUCUUUCCCUCCAAGAUCCGAUCGGUGGCCGUCUCCACCUUUGUGGUCAUCCUAAGCAGCACCGUCUUCGUCACCCUGAAAAUCUUCCCUAUCUGCAUGGCUGUUUGGGGCAUCUCGGUUACCAUGUGGUGCUGUAGUGGCAUUACGUUUACCUGUUUUCUCUACUUUUGCUUCUUUCUGGAAGAGACCAAAGGCAAAUCGCUACUGGAGGCUUAG